AUGGUUUCACGUCGUUUAGUUAUGUUGGAUCCUCUGGGGUACCUCAAGUAUAAAAUACUAGCUUAUGCUGAUGACAUAAAACUAUAUGCCUCUAUCGACAGUGAAUCUGAUUAUAUUAAUUUUCAAGCUCAAUUAAAUCUGUUUAUUGAUGGCUGUCAGUUUUUGCAAUUAAGACUAAAUCCUGAUAAGUGUUUCUAUCUGACUUAUACAAAAAAAAGAGAAAUUGUUAAAGAUCUUGGUCUUACCUUUGAUCCGCAGUUAUCUUUUAUUGAGCACAUCAGUGACAUAUGUUUAACUUCUUCCAAGAUGUUGGGAUUUAUAUACCGUAAAACUAUUGGCUUUAUGAACCCUUGUUUAAUUAAAACUCUAUAUGUUGCAUUUAUAGUCAGUAAACUGGAGUAUGCUUCUAUCGUAUGGUGUGAAGAUAUUUAUCCAGAGCGAAAUGCUAAUUACAAUAUGUUAAUGCAAAGACAUGGGGUCAUAAGUCUUGCCAGAAGGAGAGAAAUACAUAGUGCCAGCUUUGCAUGGAAAUUGGUGAACGGGAAACUUGAUUGUCUUGAUCUCUUGUCGUCGUUAAAGUUCUCUGUCCCACGGAUUGCAACUCGUCAUAUGUCUACAUUCGAUUUUCCAACUCCUAAAUCCAAUAUUCUUUGGAAAGCUCCCAUUACUCACAUGUCUAGAAAUGCUAACAAAGAAUAUGAUGAUAUUUUUGCUAUUAUGAUGUAG